UAGUCAUGGCGGCUGGAGCGGCUGCAGCGGCUGCAGCCUUGUUGUGCGCGGUGGCGCUGGUGGUGCGCGCCGAGGCCCACGGCGUCGCCUUCGUGCGGAAAGGUGAAGGGGCGCCAUGGGGCCAAUAUUUCAGCCCUGGUUUUGGAGGAUACUACACAGUUGAUGACUUCCGGCCAGAGCCGCAGCCGGUCGUGCACAUCCCCGUCAUCCCAGUGCAGCCGGUGCACUACGAGACCUUCGAGGGUGUCGACGACCAGCAGCAGCUGGUGCAGGGGCCUGACUACGACCAGGCUACUCAGGGGCCCGACUACGGCCAGAUUGCCCAGGGCCCCGAUCUCAGCCAGAUGACCCAGGGCCCUGACCUCAGCCAGGUCACCCAAGGUCCCGAUCUAAGCCAGGCUACCCAAGGCCCCGAUCUCAGCCAGGUGACUGAGGGCCCGGAAGAGCCACAAGUCCAGGUCACCACCACCGGGUACUACCCCCGGCCCGACGUCCCGGACACGCAGUCCACCAACGAGCCCGACGACGUGCAGCAGUACACCACGCCGUACCCCACGACCGCGUACCCCACCGCGUACCCCACCACCGAAUACCCCACGACCCCUUACCCUACGACAGGAUACCCAACCACCGACUACCCUGCGACCACGGACUACCCGCACCCCACAACUUGGAGACCGCGGCCACAGCCCGGGGCGUGCCAGGCCAACCCAGCCGCAGCAGGGUACCCUCGCGGCACGCAGCUUCUGUGCACCGUGGAGGUGUGCCCUUCGAGUGGCGGCAUCAAGGGCGGUCAUCGGGGUGGUGUCAAGGGCGGCGUCAAGGGCGGCGUCAAGGGGGGCUACCACGGUGGCUACCAGGGCAUCGCCCUCGGCGUCAAGGGCGGCCAUGGCGGCCAUUCCCUCGCCACUACCCUCGUGUGCAGGCCUUUCAAGGGCUGUGACGAGCCAGUCCAGACGACGGAGACUCCCGAGUACACCACGCCAGGAUAUACAGUGCCGGAGUACACCACUCCUGCGUACACCGUCCCGGAGUACACGACCCCGGCGUACACCGUCCCGGAAUACACCACUCCCGAGGCGCCGGUAGAAACUACCCCGGCCUACAUCGUCCCCCAGUACGUGUUCACGACGACGCCAGAGCCCACGCUGCCGCCCCCGCCCCCCACCCCGCCGCCAGGCGUAAAGGGCGGCCACCGCCCCCACGUCCCCGGCGUCAAGGGCCACCGCGGUGACGUUGGCGUCAAGGGCGUUAAGGGCGUCAAGGGCGGGUCCCACCAGGGAUGGGCGCCGGAGAUUCCGGACAUGUGGUCCGAGGGCGUGAAGGGCGUCAAGGGCAGCCGAGGGCACACUCCCAACGUGCCGGCGUACGGUUUCCAGUGGGGUGACCUCGGUUCCGACAUGGGCAUGCAACAGUGGGGGCUCAAGACUCACCCGAGGCCCUCGCGACCCACGGGCGUCAAGGGUGGCUUCCAGGACACCCAGGACACUCAGCAAGUGAAAGGGCGCCCCCACGGCGGCUAUCAAUUCGGCGGGUGGGGCCACCAGGGCUACCAGGGUUCCGUCCAGGAUACGCAGGAGGGACUCUACAUUCUGUGAAAAUAGUGUCUUCUCGAGUACUUUCAAAUACCUCGCAAAUACCGCAACAAAACAAUCAAGGCUGCCAAUUCUUAAAUUAUAAAUAUUUAUUGACGAA